GACAGCAGAGACAGGCUCAGAGCUGGGAGACACUGCUCUAUCUAGAAUGGGCUAUCUCUGAGCCUGCUGCUGGAGGAGGUUCUCUCACAAGUGGUUUGACUUGACUCAGAAAAGCUGCCUUCUUCACUGAAGACUGAUUGGAGUUCACUGCAUUUCCCUGGCUGACAGCAGAGAUAUUUUGUAUUCUUUUUCCAUUUCCCUCUUUUACUUUCCCCUCCAAGGAUGGCGGAGGCAGAGUUGCAUAGGGAGCGCCUGCAAGCCAUAGCAGAAAAAAGAAAACGACAGACUGCUAUUGAGGAUAAAAGACAACAGCUUGAUGACCAAAUUCUACAAUUGCAGCAUUUGAAGUCCAAAUCACUUCGAGAGAAAUGGCUGCUGCAGGGAGUCCCAACGGGAUCAGUAGAAGAAGAAGAAGCAAGGAGAAAGCAGUGUGAGGAAGAUGAGAAAAAGCUAAAGAUUCUAGAAGACAAUGUCCACAGACUUGAGCAAGACAUUGAACAAUUGGAGAGUGAAGAAUCAUUGAUUUCUGCCAAAGAGCAAAUCCUCAGAGAAAAACUAAAAGAAACUGAAAUAUCAUUUGAGGACUUGCAAAAGAGUUUGUCAAAUCAGGAUAAAGAUGCGGUGAGCUACAUCUACUCUCAGAUUCCCGAAUUCACAAACCUCAAUUCACAUAAACCAGAGACGCCUCCUGCUUGUGACGGAGCCACAAGGGUAGCUACAUUGUGCGCCAUGGAAAUUAAUGUGGAGAAAGACAGAAAGACAGGAGAGACCAGGAUUCUCUCUACAUCACCCAUUGACCCAGAGAGUGUCCAUCAAAGAGGAGUAAAAGUCUAUGAUGAUGGUAACAAAGUAGUUUAUGAGGUUCACCAUGCGGGUACUGUGGUAGAGAAUGGCGUCCAUAAAUUAAGUACAAGAGAUGUAGAUAAUCUUAUACAGAAAACUGCACAAACAAAUGUUAUUAGAGGGAAAGAUAGAGAAACCUUACCAGAGAGAACUGUAAUCUUUGAAGGAAACCCUAUCCAGGGGAAAGAACAAAUGCAUUUCAAGGAAGCAAAAUUAGAAUUGGUACACAAAUCAAAUAAAGGGCUGCCUUCCAACCCAGGAAAUCAACAUGCCAGAAGUGGCAGAAAUGAACUGAUAGAACCAACCUUAGAACAACCUGUAACCAUGAUCUUCAUGGGCUAUCAGAACAUUGAUGAUGAAGAAGAGACCAAGAAAGUGUUGGGCUACGAUGACACCAUCAAAGCUGAGCUUGUUCUCAUUGAUGAAGAUGAUGAGAAGUCAUUGAGAGAGAAGACAGUGACUGACGUAUCUACUAUGGAUGGGAACGCAGCAGAACUGGUCUCUGGCAAACAGCUCACAGAGACCACAGAGCCCUCAUCUCCAGAAGGCAAAGAAGAAAGCCUUGCCACAGAACCCGUAACAGAGCUAAAGAAGAAAUCUGUUCAGUUUAAAGAUAUUGAAGAAAUGGAAGGCGAGAUCAGUAAUACUCAAGAAGCAAAACCUCACAUUUCGGAGGAUGAUAUUAAAUUAAGAAACAUCAAAGAUCAAAAUAGUGCCAAUCUUCCUGACCCUGCAGACCUUAUCUUGACAAGCAAAGAAACCAUGGAAAUUGAAGUCCAAGCCUCGGAACACAAAGGUGUCACACUGGUUACUCCCGAUGAUCCAGUUGACAAUCAAGCUACUUUACUUUCUGUGAUUCCAAGCCAGAAUGGACUUAAGGACAGACAUGAGUCUAUAGAUAGUGAUGUUGCAAAAGAGAUCCAAUAUCUAGAUGAAGUUUUGGAGGCAAACUGUUGUGAUACAUCUACUGACAAUCCUUUCAAUGGAUCUUCGUCUCCUGAGCCUACUACCAUAAGAGUCGAUGGGUCUGGACCGCAUAUCAGUGUUACAAAUGAAACUUUCACUCCUGAACUAGAAACCAUUUCAGUGGACCGCAAGAAAUUUCCUGCUGUAGGAAUAUUUGAGCUAGUUGAAGAGGCAGAGCAAAUUAAAAUAAAUGGACAUUGCCCAAGUGAUAUAAAACACGAACCUACUGAGGUGUUCACAUAUCCCACAAGUCCAAACUCCUCAAACAGUUCUAGGAGAUCAUCCAAGGAUGGAGACAUUACACCAAAAAUCAUUAAAAAAGAGGCAAAGUUUGAGCUGCGUGCAUUCCAUGAAGAAAAAAAGCCUUCAAAAUUGUUUGAGGAUUUCAAUGAACGAGAACACAUCAGGGUGAGGAAAGUGAGGCCUUCAGAAGAAGUUGUAGAGUUGGAAAAGGAGAGACUUGAAUUGAUCAGAAGUCAAGCUGUUAAGAAAAACCCAGGCAUUGCAACCAAGUGGUGGAACCCUCCACAAGAAAAGACCCUAGAAGAACAGCUAGAUUCUGACCAUUUAGAAUCACAUAUGAAGUACAAAGAACGUAAGGAAAAACUACAACAGCAAGCUACAUCCCCUCCACCUAUUAAAAGUAAUACUACAGAAGUGAUUACAUCUGUUUCAACUGCAGUAAAUAAGGAAGACAUAGUCACUGAACAAAUUGAUUUUUCGGCUGCACGGAAACAAUUUCUGAACAUGGAAAAUACAAGUCAGUCCAACUUUAAAGCACCACCCAAAAGGUCCAACCUUUAUUCAGUGAAGCCUUUCUACAAAGUAAAUCACGGCAGCAAUUCUCAAUCCUCCAUCACUGUGACCAACCAGACCACCCCAUGUUUUAAAUCGGUACAUGUUGAAUCUAAUGAAAUGCCACUGUUGAAAGCUGAGAAAGUAAACUGUAUUUCUGAAGACCAGCAAAUGGACUCUGAAAGGUAUCUUUUAGAAUCCACAGAUGACUUCUUAAGUGCCACAGCAACACUUACAGUUGUUAGGGACGAUGAAAAUGACUUGACAGACCGGUUUACAAAGUCUAUCACAGUCUCUUCUCUCCCAGAAGAGUUGGACUCUGGUUUAGAUGAUCUCUCCUUGAAGUCUCAGGACACUACAAUAAUGGAGACACUUUCAAAUGACUUCAGCAUGGACAAUAUCAGUGACAGUGGUGCAUCAAUUGAGACUAUGAAUGCUCUACAUGAAAGUUCUCUUGGGGAUUUUUCACAACCGCAAACUCCUCUUAAUGAUGAAACCCCAUCUGACUAUGCAUUAGAAAAAGGCUCAAAAUCCUUUAGUGAUCAAGGUUUUUAUUCACCAUCAUCCACAUUGCGCGACUCCACACUGGAUGAUCAGUUAGAAUAUCACGCUGGUAUUCUGGUUCAAAAUGUAAUCCAGCAAGCCUUGGCAGAGAAAGCUGGGAUAACUGGUUGCACUAACUCAGAAUGUCUGUCUGACAGCAAGUACAUUGAAAGUGAUGAGAACGUGAAGGAGCCAAGUGUGUUUACAAGCAGUCCCACACAAACCAUUAAUCCAGAGAAUUGCCAUGAUUCCGCUUUUGAACCACCUCAGGUUUCAUCCCCAGUGCAAGAUGCCAGAGGGGUGACAGUUACACCAAAGACUCCAGAACCAGAAAAGGAAUUAAGGCCAGAGAAGUUUCUUCAACCGUUAUCUAUAAAUCCAGAACCUGACGAUACUUUUGAGGAAAUUAAGCAUGAAAGCUAUUUCAGCAAGUAUUCGCAAGCUGCUGAGCUGAGAAGCACUGCUUCAAUAUUGGCAACGCAGGAGUCCGAAAUAACAGUGGGACCCUUUAAACUGCGGUCAAAAAAACAGAGAACGUUAUCCAUGAUCGAAGAAGAAAUCAGAGCUGCACAGGAGAGAGAACAAGAACUCAAGAGACAGAGGCAAAGUUUAUCAGGCCCUCAAAGCCCAUCUGGCAAGACUCCAUCAGUUGCGCCAGUCAGAACCGUCUCCUACAAGACCGCUCCAGGGAAAAUAGAAAAAGUGAAGACUCCUACUUCACCAAGAGGCGAAUGCUUUCCAACGCAACCUGAUGAACUUUUGGAAGAAGGGGCUGGCUCGCAGCGUCCUAAAAAUUUAAUGCAGACUCUUAUGGAUGAUUUUGAGACGCACAAAAGUAAGCGACGUGACAAGAUGGAUGAUUCUAGUGUCUUGGAAGCUGUAAGAGUAAACCGUAGGAAGAGUGCACUAGCACUACGCUGGGAAGCAGGAAUAUAUGCCAACCGCGAAGAGGAUGAAUAAGACUUUUUUUUUUUUUUUUCUCCCAAAGCCCCUGCAACAAUAUAUAAAGAAACCAAAAAAAAAAAUGAAUCAUUUAAUCAUGUAUUUAUUGAACAUUACGCAAUCUCUGUGAUCAGUAUAGAGAUAAUGCAGACAAUGUUUGACAGGGAUAAGAAAUCAAUGGAAUGAUAGCCGUUUUAAUGGUGUAAAACCAUCUGAGCUUUGGACUCUCAGGAAAUGAAAAUGGGUCACUGGCAUUUUGACAGGAGGCAAGCACUACAUACCAGGGAUCAGCAUGGUUAAUGCCCAAAGCUAGACACACUCAAAGAGGGCAAUUAAUUUUUUUCUAGAAAGUGUUGCUUGUUGUUGCUUUUUAGGGAAGUGUCCCCUUUGUAAGAUUGACGAGCAGAAUAUGCACAUAGGAGCAUUGUGUGCUUGGGAUGGAAAAUUAGGCCCUUUUGCAUGGGUCUACAGCUUUGUCUUCCUGCGAAGCACAAUUAAAAGGAUUAAUAUUACCUUUAACCUAGCCAUAAUAUGUCAUUUUACUUUUGGAUUUCUUGCCGAUUGUUUUGGGAAAUGAAAAUCACAUUGAACCGUAUACGGUAUAUAUAUAUAUUUUUUAAUUUGCAUAAAAUCUUUAACCUUUUAUUGCUUAGAUAUGCCUGUGGAUGCCCAUGGGGUGGCAGGGUUUGGUAUUUUCUAUGCUACUGUGUAACCAAGGCAAUCUGCAUUCUGGAGUGUUUAUUAUUACUGCAUAUGUGAAUACAAACUUUAAACUUUCUAUACUUUAAGCACAACACCAUAAUCACUAAAUACGUGCAGUGUCACACUUGUGGCUCUCAGGGAUGAAUGGGUUAAAUUAUAGCUUUUGCUCAAUUUAUAGUUUUAGUUGGGGGGAAUGAAAUGCCAUAAUUUGGCCUGAAUGUUAUGAGUCACAUGAUGGACAAGGUACCAAAGCUUUCAUCUGAAUGUAUUCACAAAACAGAUUUUGGUUUUACUACAUAUGCAAAGUUCACUAGCGAUGAAUAGAUGGAUUGGGGAUGUGUUUACAAAUACAGGAUGUGCAAAGCAAUAUAAUAAUCAUAACACUAAAGUUAAUGGAAUUUAAUGAUUUGAAUGACACGUUGGUUCGCAGCUGAUUACAACAGAACUGCUCCUCUUGGAAUGUGUUAAAUGUGUUAGGAGCAAUUUUUAAUUAAUGAUUUUACAGUCAAUAAUGGUAAGGUUUGGUAUUCACUCUAUAUUAAGGUUUAAUUCCAUAAGAAAGUUAUAAGGGACAACCCUGGGUAGAUUUUACAUCUGAUUUUUAAUCCAUUUGUAUAUGAUCUCUUUAUUAUUAUUAUUAUUA